GGUACUGGUGAAACCAAGUUAUUACGACACCAGGACAUGAUGCAGGACCAGCAGCAGCAGCAGCAGCGAGAGAACCUUUUCACGACGCCGAAGAUGUUACUGCAGACGGCAUCCGCCACUCGAGCCGCAGCAGCAGUCGAGUAUCCGUGCUGGUCCAGCAUGUCCGAGUCGCCAGGGUCGCCGACGAAUAAAACGAAGGAUACGCCGUCACUGAUCAAUUUCGACUACGUUGACGAUGAAGACGACGACGACGAAAUGUUCCGUCGGUUCGCGCGGGAACUGUCACCAGAAUCAGCGGCGCCGAACUCGAUGGGAAACGCUUGGGCUUCCGGUGCUGGUCAUCCCCGAACUGGCCCAUGUGCCAGGUCCGUCAGUGGGAAUCACGGGGCUGCUAAUACGGGUGCCGCGGGUUCUGCUGCAGGGAGGCCAGACGAUGAUGACCCUCUUUUGAAGGGCAUCGGUACAUGGGAAGAUUUCACCAACGAGCUGCAGCACCGGAACUCUGAAAGGUACUUGGGAGGAGACGACAGCUGCGACCUCAGCGCCAAUUUAGAAAAUCUCAAAAUCGGCCAAGAACAUUCCACGCCGAAUGCCCACAUGUGGAAUCGCUACGAUUUCCAAGAAUCCGUCGACAAUGAUGAUUCCGCUGAAGGAGGGACGCAGAAUACUCGUAUGUCCGUCAUAAAGGAGCAGUACGCCUGGUCCGACCAAGACAGAACGGAUAAGUACAGUGCCACGCGCGCGCCGUCGAAUAGGAAGGGCACAGGGGUCGCCUUCACAGCCGCCAUUUGGGAUGAGAAUGUGGAGGCUGUCAUUGAAAAUGGUGGAAUAUUAUGUACCUCGGAAGACCUGGAUACUUCCAAUCGUUCAUUCUUGAGCCCAAUACAGCAGGUGAAUGCAGCCACUCAGAAGAAAUCUGCCUCAAACUGCACUCAGAAUUUUGCCGGGAACGAAUCCAGCUCAAACGCUGUGAUGAGCUUACAGAUAAACGCAAGCAAUGACUCACAGAACACCUCCAAGUUGAUUCCGUUGCAGUCCAACGGAUUCUUUGAAGCAAAUGCAACAAAUUCUUCCAUGAUCACCAACGACCCCUCCGAAAACUCGUUGCAUCUUGCCCGCAAGAAAAUUUCCUAUAGCAACCCAGUGGUAUUUCAGUCAGCAAACCAGAAAUCCAGGUGCUCUGCCAACACUGGAAAAAUUUUGUGUGGAUCUAACAAAAGCACAAACAAGGAACCAGAAAUAUGCGGGUCCAAGGACCUGGACAGAGUUCGCAUCUUGGCCGCAAUUCUUCAAGAGGAAAAGAGAGUUUGCAGUUUUAUGCAACAAGAUGUAGCAGAACUCGAGGAGAUGGUCAAGAUCUGCACAUUCCAACAGCUUUUGAAAAUACGAAUCCGGUUUGCAAAGCAGAAUGUCAAAAAAUUGAGGCAACAACCACCUCUGACUUACUUUUCAGAAGACACCACAGUUAUGAACAAAUACCGGAAGGCUCUAAAUGAGUUUGCCAAGGCAGCUAUUGAACGUGAGAUCUGUGAUACUGGAAGACCUGAUGGGUUCAAGAGACCUGCCAAAGGCUGCCAUACGGUGGACAAUGUACUUGAAGAUGAGGAGGAGAUGGAAGAAGAGCAAUUGAAACCCGGAAAAGCACUUCUAAGAGUGGCCUAUCGCCUGAAAACAGAUGUGGAGACGACAGCGCCGCAAAAUCUGAAAAUACUUCUUAUUCAAAUUGCAAGGCUUGAAAGCAAGAUACCCUGCAUCACAGAAAGCCGAUUCCACAUGUGGGCAUUCGGCGUGGAAUGUUCUUGGCCGAUUUUGAGAUUUUCUAAAUUGGCGCUGAGGUCGCAGCUGUCGUCUCCUCCCAAGUACCUUUCAGAGUUCCGGUGCUGCAGCUCGUUGGUGAAAUCUUCCCAUGUACCGAUGCCCUUCAAAAGAGGGUCAUCAUCGUCUCCGAAGUUUUCUGGAGAUUUGAAAUGUUCCGGGCCGAAAUCCAGUCUCAUUCGUCCAGACGUUCGUUAUUUUGUGACACAUUAG